CCUCUCUGCCAUAAAACCGCCUUCGGUUAAUCGGUUAGCUUCGCGCGCCGCCAGUAGUGUCUCUCCUCUCGCGCGGAAACAGCCCGAGCCUCGCAAAAAAUGGAAGGAAUCCGUUAAUAAAUCCGAGGAAACCCAACCCAACCCGGAGUAAGCGAGGCGAGGAGCUGGAGACGUCGGCCAUGGAGGGUAGGGACCACGGCGCCGAGGAGAACGUCCCGGGACCUGCCGCCGGCGCGGUGGACGGGGAGGACGAGGGCGAUGAUGGUGCGGGGUUCUCCUUCCCCGUCCCGUCGCUCGCCGCGGACGCGUUCAUCGUGCCCGUGUACCCCGUGUUUGGCCGGCCGAUGUCCCCGCCACCGCGGGAGCCGGUGGUGGAGGAGGAGGAGGAGACGGAGACGGCCACCGUGCGAGUGCCGCUGGGGCGGCUCCUGCUGGAAGAGCGGGAGUUCCGGGCGAGGCAGCGGGAGCGCCCUCAGACGCCGGUGCCACAGCAGCUGCAGCAACGGCCGGACGACGAAGGCGGCGGGGACGGCGAGCUGGAGGGGGUACCGCCGGAGAGCUACUGCCUCUGGGCUCCCGGCCAGUCGACGCCCGGUUCCCCGCGGCGGUGCCGAAAGAGCGGCUCCACGGGGUCGGUGCUCCGGUGGCGCCGCAUCAGCGAGCGCCUCGUCCGGCGGAGCCAAAGCGACGGCAAGGAGAAGUUCGUGUUCCUCAACGCCGGCCCAUCGCCUCACCCGCCCAAGGACAGCGAGGAUAUAGGCGGCGGCGGCGGCGGUGGCAGCAAAGACAACGACGGCCGCCACGGCUGGAGCUACUACCGCAAGGGCGGCGGCGGCAGCGGCGGCCGGAGGAAGUCGUACCUCCCCUACAAGCAAGAGCUCGUCGGGUUGUUCGCCAACGUCAGUGGGUUGCGGCGGAGCUAUCACCCGUUUUGAUUCGAUCUCCUCUGUCCUUCAAUCUCCCUCUUGUUCGUCCUCUUCUGUGCAUAGUGGCAGCUAGAUACUCUCCAGUGCUUCGUAGCGAUAGAAUAAGUUGAUCGGUGUGUUGAUACCAAAUUGUAAAUUGUAAUUAGCUUGUGUAAAGUAAACACAAGAAUGGGCCUAUGUGAGUAUGCAUCUCUCUCAACAAUGGAGAGAUUGAAAUGUAUCUAUAAAAGGAAGAGCAAUUGAUGAAGCAGGGUUGUAAUUCGUUUGUUCUUCAGAAUUGGUGCUAUCUGAAAAAAAAAGAAGAAAAUUUCAGAGUUUGGUGUUCUGUUCUGUCGGCUGUGGCUGCUUAAUAAAUCUUUUCCGUUCAUCUGUAACUCAGACAGGA